UUGUAAUGAUCAUUUCAUUUUAAUCUCAGCAGAUAUUAUUUCAAAGUAAAGUUUAUUACCAGAGAAGUCAAAAAUACAAGCAUACAAAAAACCCACAAAUCCCACAAUGAAUCAAAAAAACACAUUUUAAUUCUACACUGUUGUGUUUGGUGUGUGUUUCCUCUGGUGACAUCACUUCCUGUUUCCUGUCUGUCCUGUCAGUCACCUCCACCUGAACUCCAUAACUGCAGUUUUCUGGGUCAUAUGUUUGUCGGAGUUUGUUCACUUUUGUUACUGGAUCUUUUAUUUGCUUAAACCUUUCAUUGUUACGUGCUUAGUUGGUUUGUUUUUUUCCUGUUCUCUGUCGCUUUAGUGGAAUCCUCAGUUUAUCAGUAGCUUUCUCCUUGGCCAGUGCUUCUGCCUGAGCACUUAGUUAGUGAAUCUUCAUUUCCCUGUUUUAUUCUCAUUGUUUUUUAAGCUAGCCUUGGGUGCCAUGCUCCUUUGUCCUCCUUGGUUGCAUUGGUGUUGUUGUUGUUGCUGCUCAGGCCAUAACUCAUGGGUUGGUUUGCUGCACUGGCUUUUAGAUGUUAGAGCAUCAUGGCUGCAGGUUUUGGAGUUGAUGACCUUCCUCUGGGUUAAGGUUCAGGUGAGUGACACGUCAUUCAGCCAUUCAGAGCACACAGCAGACACACAGCACUGAGGUUUGGACACACUUGCACCAUCUCCCAUAUCGAAGCCAUGUCUAAAAGAGAGAGCACGCUGACUCAGAAUCCUCUGGAGAAGACGUGGGUUCCGUGGAUCAGGAGCCGGCUGAGCCAGCGCAGAGGCUCGUCUGUGCCGCAGUUCACCAACUCCCCGACUAUGAUCGUCCUGGUCGGACUCCCAGCAAGAGGAAAAACAUACAUCUCUAAGAAGCUCACCAGGUAUCUGAACUGGAUCGGUGUCACAACCAAAGUGUUCAACGUUGGCCAGUACCGGAGAGAUGCCACCCGUUCAUAUAACAGCUACGAGUUUUUCAGACCUGACAACACGGAGGCCAUGAAGAUCCGCAAAGCUUGUGCCAUCGCUGCCCUGAAAGACGUCUGUGACUACUUCACUAGAGCGCAGGGCCAGGUUGUGGUGUUUGAUGCCACCAACAGCACCACCGAGCGCAGAGAGCUCAUCCUCAGCUUUGCUAAAGACAACGGUUACAAGGUUUUCUUUGUGGAAUCAAUAUGUGACGACCCAGAAAUUAUUGCUGAAAAUAUUAAGCAAGUGAAGCUGAGCAGUCCAGACUAUGCAAACUGUGACAAAGAGGAGGCCGUCGCUGACUUCCUGAAGAGGAUUGACUGUUACAAGCUCACCUACGUUCCCCUGGACGACAGCAAGGACAGGAACCUGUCCUACAUCAAGAUCUUCGAUGUGGGCAGCCGAUACCUGGUCAACAGAGUCCAGGAUCACAUCCAGAGCCGGAUCGUGUACUACCUCAUGAACAUCCACGUCACACCCCGGUCCAUCUACCUCAGCCGCCACGGAGAGAGCGAGCUCAACCUGCUGGGUCGUAUUGGAGGAGACUCCGGGCUGUCGCCUCGUGGGACCAAGUUUGCCUGUGCUCUGGGCACGUACAUGCGUGGCCAGUGCAUCAGUGACCUGAAGGUGUGGACGAGUCACAUGAAGAGGACCAUCCAGACGGCAGAGUCUCUAGGAGUCCAGUAUGAGCAGUGGAAGGCUCUGAAUGAGAUCGAUGCUGGGGUUUGUGAGGAGCUGACGUAUGAAGAGAUCCAGGACAAUUACCCAGAGGAGUUCGCUCUGAGGGACCAGGACAAGUAUCGCUACCGCUACCCCAAAGGGGAGUCUUACGAGGACCUGGUCCAGCGUCUGGAGCCGGUCAUCAUGGAGCUGGAGAGGCAGGAGAACGUUCUCGUUAUCUGUCACCAGGCUGUGAUGAGGUGUCUGCUGGCCUACUUCCUGGACAAGAGUGCUGAAGAGCUGCCCUACCUGAAGUGUCCUCUCCAUACGGUGCUGAAGCUCACGCCAGUGGCCUAUGGCUGUAAGGUGGAAUCUGUCUUUCUCAACAUCGAAGCUGUGAACACACACCGAGACAAGCCAGUGAACGUGGACGUAGACAGAGACCCAGAGGACGCACUGAGGACGGUCCCAGACCACAGUUAGAGGCCAACAGUGAUGAGGGAGCUGUGACCAGUCUGGAUGUUACACUUGUUGCUUAGUUGCAUAGUGACCAAAGUCUGAUUAUGCCACGUUAACUUUGAUGUUUGAUGGUGAACAGACCAGCGUUAAACUACAUCUGUCCUUCCA